AUGUCCCCGGAUGAAGACAGGACAACAAAAGCGCCAAGAAAACAACCAACAGAAACAGCGUUUGUAACAAGAGACAAGACCACACCCAGACAACCGGAAAUACCAACAGACAUAUUCGAAGAGCCUGGAGCAACACAGCAACCUUUCACGGGCACACCAGGCCAGACAGUUGGCACAGAGGCGCCAGAUGCCACUGACAGGUUUACAGUACGUACAAGACGACCCGCUGAAAAGAAAGAGAAGACGACGGCUCCCGUGGCGGUGACUGGCAUCAAAGUUCCCAGAGACUUGGUUUUGAUUCUUGACUCAUCCGACAACGUUUCUCCAGACGACUUUGAAAACAUGAGAGUGUUUGCCAGAAGAAUAGUCGAAUCCUCAGACAUUGACGGCUCAGGAGAACCUGGGGUAACCGAUGAAUACGUUGUUGAGACCGAGCCCACCAAAAAGACCCGUGCAACUCCAAGGAAACCGGAACAAACAGCAGCGCCCGAAGCCUUCACCACGGAAGAGGAAGAAGAGACUGACGAGUAUUUCAGGGAGACAACCAGCUCAGGAGAACCUGGGGUAACCGAUGAAUACGUUGUUGAGACCGAGCCCACCAAAAAGACCCGUGCAACUCCAAGGAAACCGGAACAAACAGCAGCGCCCGAAGCCUUCACCACGGAAGAGGAAGAAGAGACUGACGAGUAUUUCAGGGAGACAACCAGCUCAGGAGAACCUGGGGUAACCGAUGAAUACGUUGUUGAGACCGAGCCCACCAAAAAGACCCGUGCAACUCCAAGGAAACCGGAACAAACAGCAGCGCCCGAAGCCUUCACCACGGAAGAGGAAGAAGAGACUGACGAGUAUUUCAGGGAGACAACCAGCGUGCCCAGACGAACUGCUCGUCAAAGAGGAAUUUCUGUCUACGGUGUUGGAGUAGGUCUGACUAACACCCGUAAGCUCAGGGAAGUAGUUAGCCAACCAGUUGGAGACUACAUAUUCACGGUUAGACGUAGCCAGUCCUUGCCUGAUGUUCAGGGCCCACUGAUUUCAGCAGUGUUUGGAGGCUCAGGAGAACCUGGGGUAACCGAUGAAUACGUUGUUGAGACCGAGCCCACCAAAAAGACCCGUGCAACUCCAAGGAAACCGGAACAAACAGCAGCGCCCGAAGCCUUCACCACGGAAGAGGAAGAAGAGACUGACGAGUAUUUCAGGGAGACAACCAGCUCAGGAGAACCUUGGGUAACCGAUGAAUACGUUGUUGAGACCGAGCCCACCAAAAAGACCCGUGCAACUCCAAGGCAACCGGAACAAACAGCAGCGCCCGAAGCCUUCACCACGGAAGAGGAAGAAGAGACUGACGAGUAUUUCAGGGAGACAACCAGCUCAGGAGAACCUGGGGUAACCGAUGAAUACGUUGUUGAGACCGAGCCCACCAAAAAGACCCGUGCAACUCCAAGGAAACCGGAACAAACAGCAGCGCCCGAAGCCUUCACCACGGAAGAGGAAGAAGAGACUGACGAGUAUUUCAGGGAGACAACCAGCUCAGGAGAACCUGGGGUAACCGAUGAAUACGUUGUUGAGACCGAGCCCACCAAAAAGACCCGUGCAACUCCAAGGAAACCGGAACAAACAGCAGCGCCCGAAGCCUUCACCACGGAAGAGGAAGAAGAGACUGACGAGUAUUUCAGGGAGACAACCAGCUCAGGACAACCUGGGGUAACCGAUGAAUACGUUGUUGAGACCGAGCCCACCAAAAAGACCCGUGCAACUCCAAGGAAACCGGAACAAACAGCAGCGCCCGAAGCCUUCACCACGGAAGAGGAAGAAGAGACUGACGAGUAUUUCAGGGAGACAACCAGCUCAGGAGAACCAGGGGUAACCGAUGAAUACGUUGUUGAGACCGAGCCCACCAAAAAGACCCGUGCAACUCCAAGGCAACCGGAACAAACAGCAGCGCCCGAAGCCUUCACCACGGAAGAGGAAGAAGAGACUGACGAGUAUUUCAGGGAGACAACCAGCUCAGGAGAACCAGGGGUAACCGAUGAAUACGUUGUUGAGACCGAGCCCACCAAAAAGACCCGUGCAACUCCAAGGCAACCGGAACAAACAGCAGCGCCCGAAGCCUUCACCACGGAAGAGGAAGAAGAGACUGACGAGUAUUUCAGGGAGACAACCAGCUCAGGAGAACCAGGGGUAACCGAUGAAUACGUUGUUGAGACCGAGCCCACCAAAAAGACCCGUGCAACUCCAAGGCAACCGGAACAAACAGCAGCGCCCGAAGCCUUCACCACGGAAGAGGAAGAAGAGACUGACGAGUAUUUCAGGGAGACAACCAGCGUGCCCAGACGGCCAGCUUAG